AUGUCGGGCGAGCCAGAUCGCGAGCUGGUGGACCGAGAGCUGCCGGACCGCUUCCCAUCCGCCGGCAAGGCAUCGGGGAAGAAGCGCGUGAGCAGCAUCUUCACCAGCCCGGCUCUGUCCUCUAGCGAGCCGGACCCAGCCACCGCACGCAGCGUCAUGGUCGGCCACCGCUGCAGUAGCACGCUGGGCUUGCCAUUCAGCUUGAAGAGCAGUACUAGCCGGCGCACACAUUCGGAGUGCGAUCCGUCUGUGGAGGCAUUGAGUGCUAAGAGGGCCGAGGUGAGCGUGUCGGUGUUGCACGAGCGGAGCCUGCCACUCCAAGUCUCGACGAAGCUGCUGACGGGGCGCGUGCGCGUCGGAAUGGCCGGGGGGGGGCGUGAUCGCGGCCCCCCUUCCGAGGGCGCCGCUGCCGAGGGCCCGCCGCUGCCAAGCCCGCCGCCGCCGCCCCAAGCCUCUGGAGAUCUAGUUCGCGGGGGCGGCGUGGAGGGCGGAUCCGCGGCGGGCGAGGAUGCGGCGGCGGGACCAACAGAGGUCCCAUCAGCGAAGCCCGAAUCGUUUCCGGACAUCGCCCCCGGGGGCCCUCCCCAGCUGGCGGGUGGCGCCCCUACUGCCGACGGCCCAACUCCGAGGGCGCAACGCUUCCUGAUCGUCCGAUCAAAUGCGGCGCCCGAGUCUUGUAAAGGGCUCGAGGGAGGGAAGGACAGGCGGGCGACAUUUGACGACGUCGGGGAUCACAAUGUGACGACCAAAACGAUCUUGGGGGCCAGGGCACACUGA